CGCAUGCAACAAAAACGCGCGAAGAACUGCUCCAAGCGAACACAACACAAAUUUGGUUCGCUGCGUACGCUUCUCUAUUUUCUCAUCAAAAUAUUUGUAUAUAAUUAAAACUAACAGAUGUUGUGCGAGGAUCAGGCAAUGGCUGUGGAUCCAGCGACGCCACUUAAGGGCGCCCUUAGCCUCAAUUCCAGCAGCUCCUCCAUCUCAAUGGAUGCGAAGCCACUAAAUAGUUGGGCCCAAGAAGUUCGAGCUGAACUCGGGCAAAGCGACGAGACAUCAUCGUCAUUGAAUAGCAGUGCCGGGAGCACAUCUGCUGCUGCUGGGCAAAUGAAGCGGGAAAUAGCAAUUGAGUUCUUGGAUGGCAGCAAUGAGGAGAAAUUCGAGCGUCUCAUCAAGGAGGAGAAAAUCAAGACACCCUUCAAACGGCGUCACUCUCAAACUCCGCCCAGCACACACAGCAACGAGAAUAGUCGUUCCAACAGCCCAAACGGCAGCACAUCCUCCAAUCCCUCCUCCAACAAUAACAACGAUAAUCAACCUAAUCCCUAUCUCAAUUCGCGCCAAGUCAAUCAGGCUUCCAAGGCGGCACACAAGGAGGGGAAGCGUAUGCGUCACAAUAGCUACACCUCGUCUACUUCCUCCUCAUCCUCGUACACUGAGGGGGAUCCCGCGGUGCUCUCACGUCGUCAGAAGCAAAUCGACUAUGGCAAGAACACAGCUACCUACGAGAGAUAUGUGGAUCAGGUGGCCAGAAAUGAGCGAACUCGCGAUCAUCCCCGCACCCCCAAUAAGUAUGGCAAAUACAGCCGACGCGCUUUCGAUGGCCUCGUGAAAAUCUGGCGCAAACAGCUGCAUUUUUACGAUCCGCCUUCGGCGAAGGAUGCGCGAUCUGCCGAAGCCGACUCGGACUCGGAUUCGGAUUAGGAUGUGAUAUAGAUAAUUUAGAUGGGGUUACGUUUCUCCGGGGGGAUUGGUAAAUAAACUCAGGCAAUCUUGAAGUUAAACAUAAAUAUAAAUAUAUAUUGUCAA